UCUUCUGUUUCUUUGUAGGGUGUGACCUUGGCUGCUGCUUGAUUCCCUGUCUGAUUGAUGACCUCAAGGAUGUGACACACACCUGUCCUAAUUUAGUUUUUGAUGGAGGUGGAGCAGAGUCUAAGCAGUGGAGGUGAAAGGGGGAUCGUUCUUCAGGAUGAGGAGGUGGAAGAGGAGGUGAAAAAGGAGGAAGAUGAAGAACCAACUGCUGAUACAGAGGAGGAAGAUGAAGAUGCUCUCCCGCAUUCAGAGAUCCUGGACAUCUUCGAGGAAGGACUGGCUCGACUUGUGCAGGACCCUUUACUUUGUGAUUUGCCAAUACAGGUGACCCUGGAAGAGGUGAAUUCCCAGAUUGCCUUGGAAUAUGGCCAGGCGAUGACUGUGAAGGUUUUAAAAGCAGAUGGUGAAAUAAUGCCUAUUGUGGUUGUCCAGAAUGCUACAGUCCUCGAUCUUAAGAAGGCCAUUUGCAGAUUUAUGGAGUUGAAACAGCAGCGAGAAGGCGGUGUGAAACAUAUCAGUUGGAGAUAUGUUUGGAGAACCUACCAUCUUGUAUUUCAAGGCGAGAAACUUGAAGAUGACACAAUGAGGCUCAAAGAUUAUGGGAUCAGGAACAGAGAUGAAGUGACGUUUAUGAAGAGACUCAGGAAGAAGUGAUGCAGCAUAUUUGGAGAAUAAACACAAUUUCCUGCAGUGUCCUAUUUUCUUCUUUAAAAUAAUUAAAAUCUUGUUUUAAUCUUUUUUGUAUAAAUGUUUCUUUGUCUAGUAUCUGUUGGUUUUAAAAUGUGUAUCUGUUGUAACGUACAUGUAAUUACAAUAAAUAAGAUUUUUGUAGACGUGCUUUGUGGAUAUUAAAAUGUUUCAGUAUUUUUACUUUCUCUGUGCCUACCUAUAUGUGUCCCGUGCUUCCAUCUGAGCCAGACUGCAGCAGUUUGCAAAAAUGGGAGUAAUAAACGCCUCCCAAAUGAUUUGAAUAUUUCCUGAAAGAUGGGAACAAUAUCCUCUUGUUCAGCUUAUAUGGAUUUUACCUGUGAACGACAUAGCAGAGGCAGCAAAAGCAAGGUAAUGUCAGAGUUUUUCACAGUUUUAUUUAUUAAUUUGUAGUAUGUGACAUUUAAAGUGGUGGAAUGGGUUUUGUCGCGAUUUGCUUUUUAUGUACUGUGACAAAAACGUAAGCAGAUAUCAUUAAUAGAUGUUUUCAGUUUUGGGGAUACUGUUUAUUUUUAUUUACCUACUCAGCUAAUUUAAGUAUAAUCUUCUUGAUAUGAUUUUACUGUUGGUGGAUUUUGCUGAUUUUGUGAAAAACUUUGUUGUUCAUUGUUGGAGACAACCAAACAGGCACCAUACAGCUGUAGGUUUUUCAUGUGAAAACUUGUUCUAGCAUAAUUCAAGUGAAACAAUUUAUUCUCUGCAUUACAACAAGUCUGUCUAAACUUUGAGGGAUGAAAAAAACAUAACAGUUAUCUAUUCAUUAUACACAUUUUAUGACAUUCCUUAUACUUUUGGAAAAUUGAGACCUCGUGAUAAAGCUGAAGAGCUUUAAAAUGGUUUUGCGCCUUGUUUUGCUUCUUGUUGCUCUUCUGUCACAAUUGACUGUUUAUGACAAUAAAAUUUUACUAUCAUGCUAACUUGGAUAAGUACAAAAAAGUUUAAAAUGGUGGUUGCAUUAAUUAAGGGGAGCAAAGCUAUCUGAAUCAACAAGGACCUAUGUGGAAAAUGUAAAAUCCAUUUUUAGACUGACUCAACUGUGAGUAAUCACAAUUAUUUGGAAAGCUGAGUUUCAUAAAGAGCCUCUUCCAGUCCUGAUUAUUACCGAGCUUGUAAAUGAAGUAGGAUAAAAGAUCUCAAAAUCAAUGCAUCCUGUUCCAACCUAGUCUAUCAACUAGUAAAUGUUACAAAACCAUUUCUAUGACUAGAAAAAACAUGUAGCUCAGAUGAAUCUUCACAGGAGUGGCUUGACUAUUAAUAUUACUCCAAAACCACAUCACACUUUAAUUUGAAUGAUAUGCGAUAGCCAAAUAAACCAGGAAGUCUCCAUCUAAAUGGCAGAAUGUAAGAAAGAUUUUUAAGUUGCCCAAUGCCAGCCUACCACCACAUCUGAUGAAGGUUCUGGGGCCUAUUUCACCUGAAGACCUUCCAGCUUGGCUCAAUUAAAACAAAUCUGCAAAUAAGGGAGAGACAAAAGUCCUCCACGGUGUUGCAAAACAGUCUUAUUGCAAAUGUUUGAUAGCAGUUGUUGCUGCCAAAAGUGGCACUAUCAGAUAGGGCUGAGGAAUAAAACUUCUUUUAUUGAUCAAUCAAAUUUUCCGUUUAUGAAGAUAAAAUUUUUUUGGGGAAAAAUUUAGAUUUUUUUUUUAAUCUAUGCAUUUUUUGGAUUUCUGUAGUUCAGAAUGGUGUCAGUCUUCCCACGGCCUACUAUAUUGUUUCACAACUCAUAUUUAGUUGAAUUCAGAUAAACUC